AUUCUGAAUGCUAGUGAGCAUAGGAACUACACAAGAUGGGAAAGGUUAUCUUCUACGAGGACAGGAACUUCCAGGGUCGGAACUAUGAGUGCAGCACCGACUGUGCCGACCUGCACUCUUACUUCAGCCGCUGUAACUCCAUCCGUGUGGAGAGUGACUGCUGGGUGAUGUACGAGAAACCAAACUACAUGGGCUACCAGUAUGUCCUGACCAAGGGAGAAUAUCCUGACUACCAGCGCUGGAUGGGAUUCAACGACUGCAUUAGAUCUUGUCGUAACUAUACCUUGCCCAGUGAUAGCUCGUACAGGAUGAAGAUUUACGAGAGGCCUGAAUUUGGAGGACAGAUGAUGGAAUUCAUGGACGACUGUCCCUCCGUCUACGAUCGCUUCCGUAACCGUGACAUUCACUCCUGCCAAGUGGUGGAUGGUCACUGGACCUUCUAUGAACAACCCAACUACAGAGGCCGGCAGUACUUCAUGAGACCCGGGGAGUACAGGAAGUUCAGUGACUGGGGAGCUACCUGCGCAGCUACAGGAUCUUUCCGUCGUGUCACAGAUUUUUGAAAACUUUAACAGCUUAAUGUUUCUUCAAAAAUAAAUACGGCUUUAAUCUCUA